UUCUACAGUUAUCAUUUGUAUUGGAAGAGCGAUUGAACUGCAUUGUGAUAACUGAUACAGCUUGCGGACAUUUGCAAAACCUUCUUCUAAGGAUGAUUCGUGGGCAUUUUUAAACAUACCUACUUUUAUGUAGCGACAGCCCAUUUUUCUCUGUCGAAUAUAAAUUUCCGCUGAUAGAAGGCAAAUAUGAAGAGCCUGGUGCUGCUUUUCUUCGUCAUUUGCACCGUGCUGUUCACGAAGCACAUCCCGCGUUGGAAGGAUUCCUUGACGGAUGAAGAAAGGCGGCGACUGGACAAACCACUUUUUUUGACGCCAUUGCUGGAGUCCAACGACACUGAAAAGGCACGGCGCCUGAGCAAAGUCACCCUAUUUGAGAAAGAGCACGGCGUUGAAGCGUACUCGGGUUACAUCACGAUCAACAAGACUCUGGGGAGCCAUCUCUUCUUCAUGCUGACAAAAACUAAGCACCCUUCUGCCGACGAGGCCCCUCUUAUUCUUUGGACGUUCGGUGGUCCCGGUGUGUCGUCGCUACUCGGACCACUGCUUUUCAACGGUCCCUUCACCCUGAACGCCCAAGGGCGACUCGUGGCGGCGUCUCUGACCAGCGGUCAGCUGCAGUCGUUUGCGCACGUCCUCUAUUUAGACCAUCCGGUGGGCAGCGGGUACAGCUUUGCCGAAAAGGAAGACGACGACAGGACGUUCGCCAAGAGCACCGAUGACGCCGUAGAUGGCGUCGACGACUUCCUACGCCAGUUCGAGCUCCUCUUUCCCGAAUUCCGAGGCAGGCAGUUCUAUUUCGCCGGGGAAUCAUACUCGGCAAGGGAUGCAUUUGGCUACGCCAACCGGUACCACACCAAGGCAGUCAAGACGAGCCUGAGAUUGGCUGGCAUCAUGAGCGGAGCCGGUUUCAUAGCGCCCUUGCUGAGAGCAGCGAACCCCGCGGAGUUCUUGCUCAAGAUGGGCCUCAUUGACGUCCACGGGAGGAGACGGUUUGACGAGAAGUUCGGGCACAUCAAGGAAUCGGUGGAUGAAGAAGAGAUCCUCGUUGCCAUCUUACUGCUUAGGGAGGUCUUCACCAAAAUGGCUGACGGUGGCCCCUCGCUUUUCGAAUCACUGACAGGGUACAGUCACAGGGCGUCGGCACUCCGUUCUACAGAGCCACCGGAGUUCGCAAUGUACAGGAAGUACGUCACCAGCGACGACUUCAAGAGGGCCGUCCACGUCGGCAUCAACGCCAGUAUGGACCGCCAACGCAACAUCGUGAGCACGACACUUUACUCCUACGACGCCUUCAAGGACAUCAGCGAGCUCGUGGCGACCGUGCUGGACAAAGAGCGAGUGCUCGUGUACGGUGGUAAUAUGGACGUCGUAUACCCGGCGGAUGAAGUCUACGGGUUCUUGAGGUCGCUGCAAUGGAAAGGCAAGGAGGACCUCAGAAUGGCGAGAAGAAUACCGUACAAGAAUGCCUCCGACGCAGGAGGUGAAGUGGUGGGCUACAAGAUGAUGGUCCGCAACUUCACGUACGCUUUGCUCGUGAAUGCCGGUCACUACGUGUCCUUGGACAGUCGCCAGGCCGUCGUGGAUUUAUACAGAGACUUCGUGUACUCCAAAACCACAUCUACUUAUCCAACCAGUUGAACGCUUCCCUGAUAUUGAAAGGGCAUUUUAAGAAUGCUUCGGCCACACAGCGUGCAGGGAACACCGUCCCCACCUCAUGUCGACCUGCAAGGCACUCUGUGCUUGUGCUUUUCUGAGGACGAGGGAUUUUGCGAUCGCCACUGACUUGUGGUGCAGU